GCAGGCUGAGGGCAGUGGCGUCGGCGCCGCCCGGGCCCGCGGGCCCCAUGGCCGCCGUGUUCCUGGUGACGCUGUACGAGUACUCGCCGCUGUUCUACAUCGCCCUGGUCUCCGUCUGCUUCCUCGUCACCAGCGCCGUCGUCCUCGGCUGGUUUGGGUUGGGUGUUCCCGUUAUCCUGAGGAACUCAGAGGAAACAGAAUCCAGCACAAGGGUACUGAAAAAGCGGAUGAGACAAGUGAAGAAUCCCUUUGGGUUGGAAAUCCCUCGUCCUGCUGCAGCGUCGCUAACAAAGGGUGUAACCCUGACACCUGACUGUCUGGAGGACUGUGUCCUCACCUGCUACUGGGGCUGCAGCGUCCAGAAACUCCACGAAGCGCUGCAGAAACACGUCUACUGCUUCAGGAUAAAGACUCCUCAGGCGUUGGAGGAUGCCCUGUACAACGAGUACCUCUACAGGCAACAGUACUUCAUUAAAAAAAAUGACAAGGAGGAGAAGUAUUGCCAGUUACCAGAAGAUGCUCAAGUUGUGGAUUUUGGCCCCGUGCCCAGAUCUCGCUAUCCCUUGGUAGCGCUGCUGACGUUGGCAGAUGAGGAAGACAGAGAAAUUUAUGACAUUAUUGCAAUGGUGGCUGUAAUUCACAUUCCUGAUGAAAGCUACAGACUUUCCUGCAGAAUAUUAUACCAGUAUCUCCUCCUGGCUCAAGGUCAAUACCAUGAUCUGAAGCAACUCUUCAUGUCUGCAAAUAGCCCUGCACCGUCCUCGAGCAGCACAUUCCCUGGGAAGAGCAGCAUUGACAGGGCCUUGCUGGAGAAGGAGGGGCUGGCCGGGAACGAACCGGAGCUGCAGGAGGAAAACAGCAAAGACUGCGUUGUUUGCCAGAAUGGCCCCGUGAACUGGGUCCUGCUGCCCUGCAGGCACACCUGUCUGUGUGAUGGCUGUGUCAGGUAUUUCCAGCAGUGUCCCAUGUGCAGGCAGUUUGUCCAAGAGUCUUUCCCACUCUGCAGCAGAAAGGAGCAAGACGAAGACGAGUUGGCCCAUGGCUCGCAAGAUGUUCUUCCUGCAAGAGUCUUUUAACGGGAGACAGAAAUGAGAAGACCUGGGGCUGUGUGCACUGAGAUUAAAUGUGGAAGCCAGACUGUUUAUGGGAGGAUAUGUAGCAGUAACUUGUAGGGUUUUUUGCUUUUUAUUGUCAGGUAAUUUUCAGCUUCCUUAUUUUUCCUCGCUCCAUAUGCUCGCAGGAGCGCCGUGCUGGUGUGCAAUGUGGACAGGAGAAGUGCGUAGGAUGUCUCUGAAGGAUGUGAUUUUUAUUUAUAACUGCUUCCUAGUUUUUCUUGGAGCACUGUUGGAGGCUAUUUCGACUACUAAAUUUAGUGUGUCUACUAAAAAAAGAAUAAAAACUUGCAAGUGCAGCUGAACACAGCUCCUUCUAUAUUUAUUGUAUUUAAAAUACUAGAGCCAUGUGUCAUCUUAACUUGGUGUAAUUUAGGAACUUAGCACUUUACAGAAUGUACCAUAUGAAGGAAAGUAAAUAUUAUUCAUUGUUAA